UACACUGCUGAGGGAGCCUGUCUGCUGUCACACGUGUCUGCCCUCACCUCCUCUGUACUCUAGCUUCACAGAAGACAUACUGCACUCACCACAUCUGGACCUACAGGACGUCUAUGAGAUCUGGCCUCUCAAUCUCUACACCUCUUUUCUGAUUAACCUAAUCUACAAAGAAUCUGAUCCAAAUACAAAGCCUUCCGAGGGACACUCGAUGGCGGAGGUUGUGGAAACACUUGGAAAGAACACAAUGAUACAUGCUGUAUGAAGUGAAUGAAUAUCCUUCCUGGGGGGGAAAUGGUGUGUUUGAAAGGCACUCUACGGGGCUCAUCGUAUCCACACUCAAGGUCAGUUCCUGGCUAAGGAAAGAGGAAAUCCUUGUGCUCUGUGGGAUGAGAGUUCAACUGUGGUGCAUUAGCUGAUCCUUCAUCAUCUCCCCCUCCACCUGCUCCCCCUUUCAUCAUCGACACCACUAUGUGGAUGUUAUCUUUAGCCGUAUGGAUUCUCAACGUCACAAAUCUCACUCAUGGAUAUGACUAUGAUGAGAAUUACCCAGGCGAGGAGGAAACCACGGCCCCGCUGGUUGGGGGGGGACUCAGGGAUUUAGACACAGUGUCCAGUGUGGACGAGCUGGUGGAGCUGUUGUACCCAGAGUACAGUCUGGUGCAGCAUUGUCUACGUAGGAAAACCCAGCGCACCUCCACUCCUCUCCAUCCUGAAGACGACGUCUGGGCCUGGGGCAAGCCAAGGGAGGGGGCACUGUACAAGUCUGACGACGGCACCUUUGACGUUAUUCUGGAAGAGAUCCAGCGUACCAUGUGCAGUCCUCGGGAGGUGUGUCUGGAGGUGUCUAAAGAGUACCCAGAGAGCACCCGUCACUUCUACAUGCCUCGCUGUGUGUCUGUGCACCGCUGUGGGGGCUGCUGUACCCACGAGGGUCUGUACUGCACCAACACCAGCCAUACUUACAGCAACAAGACGCUGCUGGAGAUGACUCACCGUGAACACUCUGUGGUGAUGGUGGCGUUCGUCAACCACACAUCCUGUGAGUGUCUGUCCAAGAGGCCCCAGCACUCCGUCAUCAGGAGGGCUGCUGCAGCCCACCUCACCGUGUGUUCUCCGCCAGAUGUUCCCUGCAGUACAGGAUUGGUCUGGGACCCCACCAGCUGCUUGUGUGUUCCCAUGGACACAAGCUUCUUCUCCGAGAGAGAGCUGGAACCCCUGGAGUCGGCCUUGCUGGCGCUGUGUGGCCCCAACAAAGUCCUGGACGAGGACAGCUGUGAGUGUGUGUGUGAGAACGGUCUGACAGAGGCCAGCUGUGGGCCGGGCUGGCGUCUAGACCAGGCGUCCUGUGAGUGUCUCUGUGAGGACCAGCCAGCCCCGGGGACCUGCCCUCCCAACCAACGCUGGGACCCAGAGCUGUGUGGCUGUGUGUGCCGGGCAGAGUGCCCCCGUAGCCAGCCUCUCAACCCAGAGACGUGCCUGUGCCAGUGCAGGGAGAGUCCUCAGACCUGCCUGCUAGAGGGCAAGAGGUUCAACGCACACAACUGCAGCUGUUACCGGCUGCCCUGCAGAAAGCCACACAGCAGCUGUCCAACGGGCUUCUACUACAGCCACUACGUCUGCCAGUGCAUACCCAACCACAUGAGGUCAGGGAAGUGGAACUGACAAAGCUGGCGUUACCAGCACUGGUGUUACCGGCACUGGUGUUACCGGCACUGGCGUUACCAGCACUGGUGUUACCGGCACUGGCGUUACCAGCACUGGUGACAAACUCUAGGGUCAAUGUACUGUAACUGUAUGGUGGAAACGAGGCGGUGUGUUUGCAAUGUAGAGCCGGUAGAUGGAAUGCUAGAAUAGGGGAAUAUGUAGAGCCGGUAGAUGGAAUGCUAGAAUAGGGGAAUAUGUAGAGCCGGUAGAUGGAAUGCUAGAAUAGGGGAAUAUGUAGAGCCGGUAGAUGGAAUGCUAGAAUAGGGGAAUAUGUAGAGCCGGUAGAUGGAAUGCUAGAAUAGGGGAAUAUGUAGAGCCGGUAGAUGGAAUGCUAGAAUAGGGGAAUAUGUAGAGCCGGUAGAUGGAAUGCUAGAAUAGGGGAAUAUGUAGAGCCGGUAGAUGGAAUGCUAGAAUAGGGGAAUAUGUAGAGCCGGUAGAUGGAAUGCUAGAAUAGGGGAAUAUGUAGAGCCGGUAGAUGGAAUGCUAGAAUAGGGGAAUAUGUAGAGCCGGUAGAUGGAAUGCUAGAAUAGGGGAAUAUGUAGAGCCGGUAGAUGGAAUGCUAGAAUAGGGGAAUAUGUAGAGCCGGUAGAUGGAAUGCUAGAAUAGGGGAAUAUGUAGAGCCGGUAGAUGGAAUGCUAGAAUAGGGGAAUAUGUAGAGCCGGUAGAUGGAAUGCUAGAAUAGGGGAAUAUGUAGAGCCGGUAGAUGGAAUGCUAGAAUAGGGGAAUAUGUAGAGCCGGUAGAUGGAAUGCUAGAAUAGGGGAAUAUGUAGAGCCGGUAGAUGGAAUGCUAGAAUGGGGGAAUAUGUAGAGCCGGUAGAUGGAAUGCUAGAAUAGGGGAAUAUGUAGAGCCGGUAGAUGGAAUGCUAGAAUAGGGGAAUAUGUAGAGCCGGUAGAUGGAAUGCUAGAAUAGGGGAAUAUGUAGAGCCGGUAGAUGGAAUGCUAGAAUAGGGGAAUAUGUAGAGCCGGUAGAUGGAAUGCUAGAAUAGGGGAAUAUGUAGAGCCGGUAGAUGGAAUGCUAGAAUAGGGGAAUAUGUAGAGCCGGUAGAUGGAAUGCUAGAAUAGGGGAAUAUGUAGAGCCGGUAGAUGGAAUGCUAGAAUAGGGGAAUAUGUAGAGCCGGUAGAUGGAAUGCUAGAAUAGGGGAAUAUUUUUCAAUGAAUUCUCCUGAUAGGCCGCGAGGCUCUCCAUCGUCAGACCAGGGAACAUACAAUGAAGCACACAACGAUGCAGUCGUCUAGAUACUGCAGGUCAUGGUCUGAAUCAUGGACAUUAUUGACAUUGCCUCAGAUUCAUUAUGUGUGGCUGUUAAAAUGAAAAAAAAAUAUUCAUUCCAUAAAAUGAAAUAAUUUUUAGAUUAUCUGACAUUGAUAUUUAUUGCAAGUGACCCUGCAGCUCUCCGAGAUGACGAUGACGUAACUGGGAAGAAACGCCCUGACAUGAGAAGGAAGACAAAAGACUGAAAUGUAAAGCCCAUGCAUAUACUGUAUUGUACAAAACGUGUGACUGUAGUCAGUGGUGGCUGUGAAUGAAAAGUGUGUUUUUAAUGUCAUAUCCUAUUUGUAUUGUAUUUAAAAUACACGCUAUUGAUAAAAUAAAAUACAAACUUGA